AUGGCCACCCGCGCAGGGCUCUCCCUCCACGCGAGUCUUCGUCUCUCCCGCCGCCAGUUUUCCACCACCCGCGCGUCCUGUGCAGAUGUCACCCAUGCAAUCAUAGGUGGUGGUGUUGUUGGCCUCGCAGUCGCACGCCAAUUGGCCUCGCGCCCGAAUACAUCCACAAUUCUCCUCGAGCGGCACGAUGCGCCGGGAACCGAGACAAGUAGCCGGAACUCGGAGGUAAUUCACGCCGGCUUGUACUACGGCGCAUCCUCUCGAAAGAGGGAGCUCUGUAUCCACGGCAAGAACCUCCUCUACGAUCUCUGCUCGAAGAAUGGGAUACCCCACCGGAACACGAAGAAAUGGGUCGUCGCGCAGGACGAACAACAGUGGGACGCUACGUUGAAGGUCCACGAGCUUGCGAAACAACUUGGUGUGCCAACUCGUUUGCUUUCGCAGUCCGAAGCGGCGAGUCGUGAGCCGGAGGUUCGCGGGCGCGCGGGGAUACUGGAGAGCAGCUCGACUGGGAUAGUGGAUAGCCACUCGCUGAUGACAUAUCUACAGGGGGAUCUGGAGGAUAAAGGUGGGGACUGUGCGUUCCUUACCCAGGUGAUUGGGAUAGAAGCUCUGGAUGGCGGGAAAGGCGGGUAUAAGAUUACAGCACGGUCCGGCGGAGGUGGUGAAGAGGAGACUACUACGUCCAUUGUGGCAGAGACGUUGAUAAACAGCGCGGGGAACUAUGCAUGCGAUAUUAACAACAUGCUUCUCCCCGUUGAACGGCACAGGAAGGCACUCUAUGCAAAGGGAACGUACUUCUCCUACGGCGCUUCCUUCCCAACGGGCGCGCCCUCCGUCCUUGUUUACCCAGCGACAUUACCAGGCCAGGGUGGUCUAGGAACCCAUCUCACCCUCGACAUGGGCGGGCAGGUACGCUUCGGCCCAGAUGUGGAGUGGGUUGAUGAUCCGAAUGAUCUCAAGCCGAGUCCCGAUCGACUGCAACUCGCGAUCCCGGAGAUCCAGGCUUACUUGCCGAAUGUUGACACCGAAGCGAUCCACUUGGAUUACUGUGGAAUUCGGCCAAAGCUGUCUAAAGCGGGAGCAGUGAUUGCCGGGGCGGGAUUCCAGGACUUCGUUAUCCAGGAGGAGGAAGGCUUCCCCGGGUUUGUGAAUUUGCUGGGCAUUGAGAGCCCGGGGUUGACGAGUUGCUUGGGCAUUGCGGAGGUUGUGGAGGGGAUUCUCUAUAAAUGA